GUUCAAUGUUUACUUGUCGUUCGGUUUUAGAGGAACGCAGAGCUUUGCAUUUGUAUUGAAACGUGUUCGAAGAUGCAACGUUCGAGUGCCAGCCGGUUGUUGGCGCCGAUUGUGGCUGCGCUUGCUUUGAUGACUGUCGCAUAUUGCGAUCUUACAAACGCGCAUGAAGUUGAUAGUGAAAACGCGGCAGCGGUGGCAGUUGAAGCAGCCGUUUUAAGUCCAGUAGGACCACCGCGAGCCAAGCGCUCACCAGGAGGUGGUGGAGGUGGCGGUGGUCCCUAUGGCCUGCCCGGUGAACCGGGUGGUAAUGGAUACGGCGGUGCCGGAGGCUAUGGUGGUAAUGGUGGUGGCGGAAUUGGCGGUGGGGCUGGGCAGCCCGGUCAGCCAGGUGGCGGAUCUUAUGGGGGCGCUGGAGGUCUCGGCGGUGGUUAUGGUCGUGGUGGCGGUGGCUACGGAGGAGGUAAUGGCGGUUUUGGAGGGCCUGGUGGCGGUGGCUAUGGUGGCUAUGGCGGUGGACCCGGACAACCUGGACUGCCCGGUGGUUAUGGUGGAGGCGGUGGUGGUGGCGGCGGAGGUGGCGGCUCUCCUGGAUAUCCUGGCCUUCCUGGCGGUUCUGGUUAUGGUGGCUACGGUGGAGGUGGCGGCGGGGGACGUUAAAAUCUCCGGUUGUAUGUUUAUUCUUAAGACAAAUAAAGGAGAACUGAUUAUGUUA